AUGGCAAGCGGAGCCACCAUAAGGGGACCGCAGCUUCGGAUUGCUGUGGGAGAUCACGGCUUCAGCGCCCUGGAGUAUCUAGCCCCACUGAUCGAGGAUUUCCCGGCCAAAGCUGUCCUGGCGUUAGCAGAAGCAGCGCGGCUGAACAACUUUGAAGCCGUCGAGUUCCUUCUCCGCGCAGGAGUGGACCCCAACUCAUUCAUCCCAGGUGGAGACCUCGAAGACAAGAACACGAAGGGUUCGAGCUACAGUGUUCAAGCCAUCGCUGCUGGUUGCGCUAAGAAAGGGAAGAGCUCGAGCUGCGACAUGGUCAAGCUUUUGGCCGAGCACGGCGCCAGACUGGUUGUCACCCCGAACGACUCAUCGCCUUGUGACUUCACAGGCCACUUACUGCGGUAUAACUGUUCCGACACUUCCCGCAAAGUCAAAUAUGCCAUUCAAGACUGCCUGGGCAAAUGCACACCUCUACAGGCCGCGGCAAGGCGUGGAAACGAGCGCCUGGUCCACCUGCUCCUGGGGGGGGGUUCCAACGUGAACAGUCGCGCAUGUGGCAGGCUAAGCUGGACGGCGCUGCAAGCCAUUUGCUCCUGGGAUACGGCCACAGAGCAAGAAUACGAACGCAAGAUGAGAAUCUGCCAAUUACUGAUCAGCCAUGGCGCAGACACAAAUGCUGCACCAGCCAGGAUCGAGGGGUGGACGGCUUUGCAGCGUGCGGCAAUACUUGGGCAUCUAGAGAUGGCUGCACUGUUACUACGCAACGGCGCUCUCAUCAACGCACCUUCUUGUGUGAUAUCCGGCAGCACUGCUUUGGAUGCAGCCGUUUACGGGGCGCGCUUGGACAUGGUCAAGUUCCUCCUCAACGCCAAUGCUCUGAGUAGCUUUCGCGGCACGACUGGGUAUGACGGCGCCAUCAAAUUGGCCAAGCGUCAGGGGCAUUCGGUCAUUGCAGAUUUGAUCCGCGAGCAUGCUACAAACAACAUGUCACUGGGUCUGAUAAAUCCUGAGCUCUUGAAGCCACAAGAGGACUACCACAUCUACGGAUACAUCACAGAUGAAGAAUACAGCAUCUAUAGCUACAACACAAACGGUGGCACGUCCGGUGUCAUGGGGGAGGAUUGUACUAUAGAAUCACUAUGCAGGCGCCUUGGGGGCGUGCAGCAUCGAGUCAAAACAGGUGGCACAAUUCCACCACACAACUGGGCCCGCACAGUCGACCAGCAGACGCGCGACGAGGUCGAAGCGACCCUGGCCGUGGGGUUCAACAUGGCACGCAGUAGCGCGUUACACCAACGCAACGACGCGCUCCGGGAGGCAACUUUUCAGGUCCCGCACGAACUGGCCAGGCUCAACGAGGACGCCCCGGAUUUCAGGCUCGAGGACCUUGGGCCCAUGGAGCACGCGAAGAAGCUGUGGGACAGGGUUGGCGAGCGCUUUCCCAGCCUUGCGCCGUUCGUCGACUGCGCGGAAGAGGCGCGUGUAUUCCUGUACUUCCCCAACGGUGCGGCCAAAGCUACCGCCGUUUUCGUGGCCGUCAACGCCGAGCUGAAGUACCCUUUACACAAGCCGCAGCAGUCGGCCGCGGAUGGCGUGCUCAUGAACGGAGUCCACGCAGCGAACGAGGUCAGUCUCUUCGCCGGCUUCUGGGUGUUCCAACACAAUCUCUGGGCACAAAGCCAUCCCGCUGUCAUUGGUGGAGUCGAGGGGAUGGAACGGCUGCCGGUGAUAUUUAACUUUCGCGAUAAAGCUUUCGGGGCCCUGUACUACACAAGACUUGGGCUCACCUUCGACACGAUUACCAUCCUGAGCCGGUUGAAUGUGGCGGCAUUUGACUUGGAUGUGGUCAUAGCAUUUUGA